AUGACAAACUUAAAGUCUGGUAUCAAUAGCAAUGGUGUUCCAUUGUUCAAGAACAAAAUAACCGAGCUGGACAAGAAGCUGGAUAAUGAAGUCGUCUAUGAAUUUGGUGGGCCCUUGGGUGCACUUGGUAUGAUGCUUGGGUUCCCCUGUUUGAUGUAUUACUUUUGGGUCUGUCUUGAGUAUUAUCAAGGCUCACUGAUUACGCCCUCAUCAUUCACCAAGGAAGGAAUUGUUGAAUUCGUCGCAAAUAUCGUAUCAAAGGUCAAAAUGGGUGCUGCUCCUACACCCAUUGCCAUCAAGAUCUAUAUGGGCUUUGUUCUCUACAGUUUUCUCUGUGCUUACUUCUUGCCAGGUCCCGUUGUCGAGGGCCUUCCUCUUCCUUCUUUAAAGGGUGGCAAGCUCAAGUACCUUUGCAAUGGUUUAGCUUUCUGGUACCUUACAAUGGCUCUCUCAGCUGUUUUCCAUGUCACUGGCGUCUUCCGUUUGACGGCUAUUAUUGAAAACUUUGGAAGCAUCAUGACCGUAGCCAUUAUCUGGGGCUUCACCAUGUCUACUCUUGUCUUCUUAAGUGCCGUCAUCACUGGAAAGCAACAUCGUAUGUCUGGUAACAUCAUCUACGAUUUUUUCAUGGGAGCACCCUUAAACCCUCGUAUUGGACACGUCGACCUCAAGAUGUGGGCCGAAACACGUGUGCCAUGGCCUGUUCUCUUUUACAUCUCUGUAUCUUGUGCACUCAAGCAGUACGAAACAACUGGCUCAGUAACUGCUCCUGUUGCUUUCAUGGUCCUUGCUCACUGGUUAUACUGUAAUUCCUGUCAAAAGGGUGAGGAAUGUAUUCCUACGUCUUGGGAUAUCUUUUAUGAAAAGGAUGGUUUCAUGCUUAUCUUUUGGAACAUGGCUGGUGUCCCCUUCACUUACUGCUACGCUCCUAUCUACCUCUUGAAGUCCGAAUUGAUCAAGGGCGUACGCAUUCAACACUCUUUGCCUGUCACCAUUGCUCUCUUUAUCACUCUUCUUUUUGCUUACUACUUCUUUGACACGGGUAACGCACAGAAGAACCGUUUCCGUAUGGAGCAGAAUGGAUCCUUCAUGACUCGUAAAGCAUUCCCUCAAUUGCCUUGGAGCCACAUCAAGAACCCUACUUACAUCAAGACAGAGCACGGCAAUCUCUUGUUGACCUCAGGUUGGUGGGGUAUUGUCCGUAAGCCACACUACACAGCUGACUUGAUUCAGUCUCUUUCUUGGGGCUUGAUCACCGGGUUUGGAUCUUACUUGCCUUACUUUUACUUUACCUUCUUUGUCAUCGUCUUGACUCAUCGUGCCAGUCGUGAUAUGGAACGAUGCGCUAAAAAGUAUGGCAAGGAUUGGGAAAGAUACUGUGAAAGAGUACCUUAUAUCCUUGUCCCUUACGUAUUUUAA